AUGGAAUUUCCUCCAUCGGAUGUCAAAUUGAUUUUAGAGAAGAUAGCUUCUAUUCUAAGAGAACGUAAUUUCACUUUAGCCGUAUCAGAGGCAGCUUGUGGAGGUUUAUUAUCAUCAUAUAUUGUUUCCAUACCUGGUGCUUCCGACUUCUACAUAGGUGGUAAAUUGGUCUAUUCUUUGAAACAAAGAUUGAAAUUGUCCGGAUGGAAUGAAGAAGAAAUCAGAAAUUAUAUGGGUCCCAGUGAACAAGUGGCUUUGAAGUUAGCAAGAACUGCUAAAUAUGAGCUUGGCUCUACAUUUGUUUUAUCAGAAACUGGAUUUGCUGGUCCAACUAGUGAUUUGCAUCUAGGGAAUGACGAAACCAAGGCUAAUGAUGGGAAAGUUGGAACGGUUUAUCUUGGAUUAUUUGGUCCUAAUCUACAAGUCAGUUGCAAAAAGCAAACUGGAAGUACUGUCAGGUCACAUAAUAUGGUUGAGUUUGCAAAAUCUGGUUUAGUUUUUCUACUAGAAGAAUUAGAGAAGUUGCCAUAA